GCGGGAAACUCAACACAAGAUUUCAGAAUAACGGUGGCAGACCUGCAGUAGAAAAGCCUAUCCCAAAACCCAUGCCAGUACCACAGCCUCCCCAAUCGGAAGAAGAUUCACGGGAAAUUACUGACGUGUGCUUCGUAGAUGGACGAUACUACAAUAGUGGCGAAGUCAUAGUGAAGAGCAACCCUUGCGAAAUGUGCCGAUGCUUCUACGGGCAUCCGUUGUGUCAAGUGCAGCAGUGUCCAUCUCCUCCAGAACCGUCCUGCAUCCUCGAAUACCUUCCCGGUUACUGCUGUCCUAGAGUAACAUGUGUCCUUGGGGUUAUCAGCAGCGAAGGGGAUGUUAUGCCACCUCAUUUCUUUGAAGAAGGUCUCAGAAUCAACGCCGAUGGAUACAUUCACGUAUUGGAAACGGUAGUCAAGCCCUGGAUGGACAUGGUGGCCGCCGGAAGAGAUUAUGUCUUCCAGCAGGACUCAGCGCCAGCCCACAAGUCGAGAAGAACCCAAGCGUGGCAUCACAGUAAUGUGCCCUACGACUUGUGGCCACCCUCCAGCCCGGACUGCAAUCCCCUCGAUUACUACUUUUGGGGCGUAGUUGAGGAAAAGGUUAACGCAAAAUUUCAUAAUACCAAGGACGCGCUGAGAGCCACCAUUACUGAGGUGGUGCCCAACGUGGACAGGAAGGAGGUGAAACAUGCAUGCGGAAUCAAAGAAGAUUCUAUUGACAUGGAAGACACUAAACCAUCAAGUGAAGAAAUUCGACCUCCCUUUGUUCCAGCCGAAAGGAACGUUCCUACAAGUCAAGACAUUCGACCGCCUAUUAUUCCUCAAAAAGUUCCAGUGCCAAUUAUGCCAGAGAUCCGGCCGCCUCUUAUUACAUCUGACAACCAGUGGAAACCUCUACCACACGGCCCUAUCUUGAGACCCGCUGAAAAUGUCCCAAAGUAUGAGCCUCCUGUCAUUGUGAACAAACUAGUCGCGGAAUCAAGUUUACCAGUUAAAGAUCCUAGUUUGUCAGAUAUUCCAGAAGUUUAUCCACAGGCGGAUGUAAACAAAGUUGAUAUAGAUCGUAUGGACGUUGACAUAUCUACUCCGGCUACUGAUGAAGCAACAACCACAAUUGCGUCCACAGUACCUCCAGUGAUGCUUUUCCCAACUACUCCAAUAGCUGUUCCAGAAACAACUACAACAGACGAUUCUUUCCCAACUACUCUAUCCGGCGAAGAACUCGUCGAAACUACACUUCCUCCCGCCGCCACGACAGAAAGCAUUCCUCAACUCAACCCCGUCUUCGACCCCAAUGCGACGACGCCAGAAGACACCACUGAGAUUCCAGUCAACAAAUCGGCCGAGAUUCAUGACAAUUCGAGUGGGGUGAGAAAAGUCCUCGAUGAGGGCAUCACUCUCCCGCCGUCGAAAGUGUCUCUCUCGCCCCUGUCCGAAGAGGAAAUCAGCACUGUUCUACCUGUGAUACAAACUCUACCGACGACGACAGGUGUGACCGAAGGGCCGGAUGUCGAGCUGGAUACUUUUCCGAAUGUGGUUGUUGGAGAAUUGCCGGCAGAACUCGGGGGAAACCUCAAAAUUUCUGGAUGUAACGUGUACGGAAAGUACUACAAAAUCAACGACAAAGUUACAGCUCUCAGCAAACCUUGCAGCGACUGCGUUUGCUCCCCUGACGGCAUCGCCUGCAGCGCCACCUGUUGAAAGUAUAAAAAACAAAAGAGGAGAUUUCGGGCAUCAAUGUAAAUUCAAGUGGACAUUUUUUUUGUGGACAAAUCAUAAAAACAAAGUGGCACAUACCCUGGUGUCAACUUUUUUAUGUGUACUGCAUAUAAGAACUUCCGAAACGUCAUCU